UUACGCGCACGCGGCCGGCGGGCGGGCGGGCGGGAAGGCGGGGUCCCCGCGUGCCUCCUCCUCCCCUCCCUCCCCUCCCCUCCCCUCCUCCGUGGGUCCGGCCCGGUUCCGUUCCGGGGAUGGAGUACUUCGUGGUUCCGGCGCAGAAGGCUCCCCUCCCGCCGCCGCCGCCGCCGCCUCCGUCGCUGCAGCAGUUCAGGAAAUCGGAGAAGGAGGUCAUCGGGGGCCUCUGCAGCCUGGCCAACAUCCCCCUGACCCCCGAGACGCAGCGGGACCAGGAGCGGCGGAUACGCAGAGAGAUCGCCAACAGCAAUGAGCGGAGGCGCAUGCAGAGCAUCAACGCCGGCUUCCAGUCCCUGAAGACCCUCAUCCCCCACACGGACGGGGAGAAGCUCAGCAAGGCAGCAAUUCUUCAGCAGACAGCUGAGUACAUCUUUUCGCUGGAGCAGGAGAAGACCCGGCUGCUGCAGCAGAACGCGCAGCUCAAGAGGUUUAUCCAGGAAUUCAGUGGGUCCUCUCCGAAGCGGCGGAGGGCAGAGGACAAGGAUGAGGGCAUCGGGUCGCCGGACAUCUGGGAGGAUGAGAAGGCUGAAGACCUGCGCCGGGAGAUGAUUGAGCUGCGCCAACAGCUGGACAAGGAGCGCUCGGUCCGCAUGAUGCUGGAGGAGCAGGUGCGCUCUUUGGAAGCUCACAUGUACCCGGAGAAGCUGAAGGUGAUAGCCCAACAGGUGCAGCUGCAGCAACAGCAGGAACAGGUGAGGCUGCUGCACCAGGAGAAGUUUGAGCGUGAGCAACAAAGCCACGGCCAGCUCUUACCGGUGCACGCCCCCCCUGCACCCACCCACCACCCGACUGUGAUUGUGCCUGCGCCCCCGCCUUCCCACCACGUCACCGUGGUCACUAUGGGCCCCUCCUCCGUGAUCAACACUAUCUCCACGUCCCGGCAGAAUCUGGACACCAUCGUCCAGGCCAUCCAGCAUAUUGAGGGAACGCAGGAGAAGCAGCUGCUGGACGAGGAGGAGCAGUGCCGACGGGCCGUCAUCGUGACCCCCACCCGGGUCGGCCUGGACCCCUCCAACUCGGACACGGCCUCCGACUCAGAGGCGGACGAAGACAGCGACUCCAUGGAGCACAGCAAGGCCGAGAUGCCCUGACCCCCGCCUGGCCGCAGGGGUCGGGGGUCAGGAGAGUGGGGGGCAGAAUGCGGGCGAGGGGACUUCAGAGGGAGAUGCUGAAUUUUUUACAAAAUGCCAUGGCAAUUUGGGUCUCUUUUGUGACCUUUUCAAUACUGUAAAUGGGUAGGCGGAAUAGGAGUGUUUUGGGGGCAGCUGGGCGAGAGAGAAGGGGGUGGGGGAGAUGGGUUUUUCAAGGCCCGUCCCUGUCUGAAUCGGAACUCAGCGCUCAAAAAGGAUGAACUUUCUCUGCCAAUCCCUGUCCAGUUGCCUCUGACCUCACAAGAAGGGUCUGGCAUGCCUCCCCUGCCCAGACCCCUAUCCUUGGCAUCUCCCUCUUCUCUCAGCCGCUCUCCUUAGGGGUCGGGCGGCCAUUUGGCGUGGCAUUUCCUCCCAGCUGGGGGGCUUUUCCAGGGUCCCAAUGGGGAGGGGUCCCUGUCUCUCGCGGCCCCCUUCAGGAGCACCCAAAAGGGGGACACAACUUGGGGGUCUCUCAGUGCCGCUGAGGGGCCCUGGGGAAGGGGUUUGCAGGGUGGGGGGCUCAGCAGGCAAAGUGUGGGUCCUGUUGCUGCUCUCGGGCCCCUUGGCUGAGGGCUACCAUCUGGCCCCUCCCUCACUGUCAGGGGCCCCUUCAGGUUUCCAGGCCUUUUCCACACUCAAAGGGGGGGAGCGUUCCUCUUGAAAGGGGGCGAUGGGGCACCCCCUUGUCUUUCGGUUUCUUCUCCACGGUUUCUUUCGUUCUUUUUUUAAACAAUUAUUUUAAUUUUUGAAGCACUUAAUGCGUUCCGUGGGUCCAAGCGCCAGCUCAAGAGGCCCGUGCCCCUCUUCUCUGGCGGCCGCUUGCCAGCCUUGCCCCAUUUUUGGUUGCAUCCCCCCUUUCGCCUCCGUCCCCCAAUUCGGCUAGUGGCCUCGGCCAGCAUUGUCUUAGGGCCGGUUGGUAUUUGGUAGAUCCCUCCCCAGCCAUGGCUGCUCCUCAGUCCUCUCCCUCUCUCUUUCUCUCUCUUCCUCUCGCUCUCUUUUUUAAUUUUAAUUUUUUUACCGUUUUGGGGUCUUUGUGUUCAUUGAGAUGCUAUUAUAUUUUGUUAAAAAAGUGGGAAAAAACGAAGCAUGUGCUUUUGUAAAGAAACAAAAUAAAGUUUGUACUUUGUUUUUUAGA